AUGAUCAACCACACUGUUGCGUUUGAAGAACUGGACACAAACGUUUCUGAGCCGUCACAGCUUCUCUCGCUUAACCAGAGCGCUUUCCCUGCGCUUCGACUCGAGUAUAAGUCUCUGAUCACUUCAGCCACUAUGUUCGCCGUGGGCGUCCUGGGAAACCUCAUCGCCAUAGUCGUGCUGUGUGUCUCCAAAAAAGAACAGAAGGAAACCACUUUCUACACGCUGGUCUGCGGUAUGGCCAUCACGGACCUGUUGGGGACGUGCUUCACGAGCCCGGUGGUAAUCGCCACGUACGUGUCCAGCCGGUGGCCAGGGGGAGCGCUGCUCUGCCACUUCUUUUCCUUUUCCAUGCUUUUCUUUGGCUCCGCUGGCAUGUCCAUAUUGUGCGCUAUGGCUGUGGAGCGAUACUUGGCUAUAAAUCAGGCGUAUUUUUACUCCCAGCACAUAGACCGAACCAUGGCGCGGUUUGCGCUUCUGGUCACCUACCUGGCGAACAUCGUGCUGUGUAUUAUGCCGAGUUUUGGAUUCGGACAGCACGUUAGCCAAAUCCCCGGGACUUGGUGCUUUCUCGACUGGAGAGCAAUGGAUCCGCUGGGAGCUUGCUACUCGUUUCUGUACGGCGGCGUGAUGACUGUGCUGAUCGCGGUGACUGUUUUGUGUAACUUGGCAGUGUGCAGGACGUUGGUGGGCAUGAACCAGAGGACAGGAAUAGUCAGGACUGAGCUGUGUGAGCAGGGGUGCUCCCGUCGACGCUUCCCUCGGCUGCCUUCAAUCACUUCUGCGGCAGAGAUCCAAAUGUUCUGGCUUAUGAUCUUGAUGACCAUCGUAUUCCUGGUCUGCUCUAUCCCAUUAGUGGUGCGAAUCUUUGUUAACCAAUUGUAUGGCCCAGCUUACAUUUCUGCCGGGAUGAAGCCCGACUAUCGCAGCGACAUGUUGGCAGUCCGCUUCGCCUCGUUCAACCCCAUAUUAGACCCCUGGGUGUACAUAUUGUGUCGCAAAAACCUGCUACUCAAGGGCUGCGAGAAGCUAAAGAGAACAGUUAACAAGGUCAGGGAUGGAGGUGGUGACAACAUCGGCUGGGCAGAGGGUCAAAACUCCCCGCAGUCUUUAAACAGCAACGAUACCAGUUACGCUUCCAUACGCACAGCCAGCUACAGAAACGACCGGGACCACCACGGAUCCAUGCAGAAUAAAUCUUUUACAGACUUUGCCCUGAGACAAGCGUGGGAGUACGACACGGCCCGGGUCAGCUUUCACCCGUUCAGCGUCGAAUCGACCGCGAUCCUCGGCUGUGAUGACGAGGUGGAGGGUAACUCCAAACAGGAGGCAGCCAAGGCAUCUCCAGGGCGCAGCGUAACCCCUCUGCUUCCUGCGCACAUAAGGAGAAUGGACAUCGUUACCUGCACGUUCAGCACACCGAGCUCAUGCGAGUCGGCGAAGUGUCUCUGA